UGUCCGUUUAUCUGUCUAAUUAGAGCUGCGCCCAUUCGUAUUUUAUUCGUAUUAGGUCAUUAUAAAAAAUCGAUUUGCAGAUUAUGAUUUAGAUGAAACUGCCGAUCGUGCGCGCAAGAUAAAGAACAAGCCGAUCGUGAAUCAAGAUCCGAAAGUAGCGGAGAUCAAUCGCUUGAACAACGUGGUUCAGGAACUGCGGCUGGCCCUUAUUAUGAGUCAAGAACUCGGCAUAACGUGUCCCGAGGAGCAUGAGGCACUCGAGGAGAAAUAUCGUGUAUUGCAGCACAAACUCAGAGACAGGCUGGAAAAAUUAAAUUUGAAUUUAGGAGAAAUUGCAAUUAUGCACGAACGAGCGGAAAUGGCAGAACAAGCUCGAGAAAAAAAUAGAUUCGCCAUGACAUUAUUAUUAGAUGAAUUCAAGCAAGUUUUACAAGAUUUCGAUACUUGUUCUGAAAUCGAUGACGAACGGCGUAAUAAACUAAAAGCGAUAUACGAAAAGAUGUUGGAUAUCCAAAAUGAUGAAAGGAAAGCAUCUGAAGAGCUUAUAAAUUAUGAAAUAUCCAACUCCAAAAAUUGCGUCUCACACGUGGCGGAGGAUGUAGCGGAACGUGUACGUGUAGAGGAAUCGAACAAUGUCGAAGACAGUUUGGAUUACUUUGACAAAAAGGAAGAGGAACACACCUUACGGCAAGCGGAGCGAAACAACGAGGUGCAAAAUAUUAAUAAGGAACUGGCGCUUCAAGAAAGCCUCGUGUCGGAACUCAUAAAAAACGCCACCCAAGAAACUGCCGAAAGUCGUAAGAACAUCAUUGAGAUGGAGCAAGAACUCAAACGGCUACAUGCGGAAAAAGAGGAACAUUUACAAGCGGUACACGCGCACAACGUCAGCUCCAAAGAGAAUAUGACAUCCAAUAAUCAUUCCUCACAUUGCGAAAAUGAUGUCAGAUAUCCUUAUACUGACAGAGUAGCGGUAGGAGAGGAUUAUGUUGAUUUCAUAUAUCAAUUUGUAAAGGAUAGCAAUACAUCCACAAAGAACUGUAAGAAUGCUGCUAGCAUAAGUAAUAUUCGUAAUAAUAUAAUUGGAAUACCUAGCAAUUUUCCAAGCCAUGAAGAUUUUCUUUUGGAGACGUAUAAUUUAGAUAUUUCAAUAUCUCCAUGGCAGAAACAAAUGCCAUAUACUUGGGUACCAGGGGAUCAAAAAGAUUAUUAUUUUCAUAAUAUUGAUCUCGAGUUUCAUGAAGCUGUAUAUCCAAUCAGAAUCUCUAUAUAUGAAGUAUAUAAUUUUGGGCACGUAACUAAAGUUUGGGCUCAAGAUUCUUUAGAUGAGUGUCGGUGGUUUCCAUUAUGGGUUGGACCGCCUCAAUUCUAUGAAAUUUGUCAUCCAAUCAAACGUAGACGUUCAGAAUCACGGAUAUUUUCUCCGCCGUUACGAUCUUGUAACUUUAAAACCAAGAUGCUCAGAUUACAAUUUACAUCCAACUCUUGCACACAGCUAGAUGCCGUGAUGCUGAUCGGUACAUCAAAAUUGAUUCUUCCUAAAAAUCCUGAAGAUAAGAGCUUAACUAAUCUUUUACACCGCAUUCGGGCACAACGACAUUCUUGUUCAGAGAGAUUUUGUUCUUCUCGUUGUUGUGAAGAAUUCUCAAGAAUUCAAGACAAUUUUCAAGACACAGAAAGUUGGCCCUCUUGGCAUUCCUCUGUAUUGUUUGACCCUCAUAAUACAACACGUGAUUAUGAAAAUGCAUACUUGGAUAUACUUGAUCUUCAAAAAGAAUUUUCUAAAUAUUGCAUUAUUUAUAAAAGCGACAUAGCAACGAGUCACAAGAGCAAGCUCGCACACAAGCAAGUAUCUCGGAAGGAAGAUAUGCCAUCUUUUAAACAGGGAUAUCACCCUUUAUUAAGAAAUCAUUGGAAUUAUGUAAAAUUUAUAGAAGAUAUCAAACUCUCUUCGGGAGAAUCCAAGGAGCAAGAGGACAGUUUUUUUGCGCUUCCUGAUGAAACAAUACGAAUAAUAUUAAAAUACUUGGAUAUGAGGUCGUUUUGCCGUAUGAGCCAAGUAAAUAAACGCCUAAAUAAUUUAACACAGGAUCCUAUUCUCUUCAGAAGUUUGAACUUAAGAAAUUUAAAAAAAGAAUACUCUAAGGAUUCAUACUUUUGUUAUGAUAAAAUUCUGUUUUAUUUUGCAUCUAAAUGUAAAGAUUUACAACAGUUGGAUCUUACGGCGAGCUGCAUUUCUGAACUGGAUUUUGUAAACUUUCUUCAGAGUUGCGGCCAUUGUUUAACGCACUUACGAUUAAGUCACUGCAAUUUUGUUGACAAAUUAUCUCUAUUAAAAAUUUCACAGAUAUGCAAAAAUUUGAAAGUAUUGGAUCUUAGUUAUUGUCCUCUGGGGAGAAUGGACCAAGAAGUUUCGAGUCUCGAAAAUCUAGAAUUUCUAGAGAAUUUAGACGUUAGAGAUUCAGAUAUAAGACCUGAACCUCUUUGCAAAAUACUGCAAAAAACUCGCCGGAUGCGUGAGUUAAAUUUAAACUUUUUUCUUCGUCAAGGUGAUUGGUUAGGCUGGGACAAGACACCGUUCGAAGCACUACAUUUGGACGCAAUUACAAUACAGUUAAAAAAUUCGUGUCCAGAUUUGGAAAUAAUAGAUUUAUCGAGCCACAUGAUUACAUCGCGAGGUAUUCAUGCUCUCGCUGAAUGCAAGAAUUUACGAAAACUGACAAUGAUGGAGAUGAACUACAGCAACAGAGAUGGCACAAUCCACACAAUCGAUAAGCAUAGCUGGCGUAGAUUGUUUUCCUUCUGUCAGUGCUUAGAAGAAGUCAAUUUGAUAGAUCUACACAGAGAUCAAUCUUCCAUCAAUGAGUGUGUCUACGAAGGACUGACACUGUGUAAAAACUUAAGACAAUUAUACUUGUGGGAUAUAUCUAGUUUCGCAAUUCUUGAGCAGUGUCCUAAACUGCAUACAAUCUAUGUUAUGCGGAAAUGGCCCGACGACGACACACGUGAUAGGCAGGCGUUCAUUGCUCAGGCGAAGGAAAAAUAUCCACACGUGUCUAUCCUUGAAUAUCAAAAGGGAGUGCAUGAAGAUGAUGUGGAAUGGUGGGGAUGGUAAUAAAUAAGUGGCUUCCUUACCGAUUUGGCUGAAAUUUAACAAUAUAUUAUGUAGUUUGAUGUGUUAAAUUCGAAUAUAAUUUUAUUGA